AUGACUCUCAAAGCGGAGAGCAUCCAAUUUGGAAGCAAGUAUUCCGAAUUAAUCAAGAAAGAUCCUAAAAAGGAAGAUGAUUUGUUUUUCGGGCUGAAAAGAAACACAAAUAAAAAGAAAAAAGUUUCAUCCUUAAGAUCUAGUUCGCAAACUAUCUUUCAACCAUCAGAACCACUGGAGGUUGUUUCUUCCCGUAGCUCUUCAAGAAGCAAUCCUCAAAAAAUUCCUUAUCCAGAGAGAAUUCCACCACAAAUCAAGCAAUUAAGGAAGGACUGCACAGAUUAUAUGGAAACAGACCAAUUGCAAAAAUAUGUAGAAGCUACAAAAGAAAUCGAUCGUUUAUCAGAACAAUAUAAAAAAUGCAUAAAACAAAAAAUAGAAGAUAACAUUGUUAACAAGUACUCAGAAGAUACAUCCAGGAUACAAAAGGAUAUGGUCCAACAGUAUGAAGAAUUAAUGGAAGAGAGAAAUCAGAAAUUGGAACAAAUGAAGGAAUCAAUUCAACAAUUACAGCAAAAGCAUAACAAACAAAUCGAAGAAUUCAUGAAGAAAUGGCAUAGUAAUACAAAAAUGCGCUCUUACAAUAGAACUUCGAACGAUUUACGCGUAAAAUACUUAGAACUCGAUAAACUCAAAGAAUCCAAGCGAUUUGAUGAGAUGAAAUACGUUCAGGCGCAAAUUGAUGAGAGAUUGGCCUUCGAACAAGAUAGAAAUGAGCAUCAAUUACAAUAUGAUUUCAAAGAUAAGCUGAAUAUACUCAGAAAUGCACAAGCAGAAGAACUAAAGAGUUUACAGCAAUCAAAUCGCCAUAAAUUGGCCGAUUUCGACUACAAAGAGAAGCAACUUUUAGAAUUGUAUCAGAAAAGAAUGGCCAAAGCCAGUGUAAAUGCAUCGACUACGAAUAUGAGUACAGAAUUUAAACGCGCCGUUCAAAAUGACAUGAUGAUGUCAAGAUCUGCUUCAAUUGGCACUCCUAGAUCAAUGUCAAGGCCACCAACAACUAAAGUAACUGAUUGCAAGUUCAACGCCAUGGAAAUUAAGCAACCAAACCUAAGUUUAUCACUUCCAAAGCUUAAUUACUCUCUUUGCUAA